AUGUCGUGGAUUUUUGGGUAUAAAAAACCGGUGCUUGAUCUACCAAAUCAAAAUUCUGGUAGUAGCGGAGAUGGAUCAUCUGGUAAUAGUGGAAAUGAUAAACCAUUAUCAAAUAAUUCUGACUCGAAACAAUUCGCUGGACGUGAAUCUAUCUAUAAAUUUGAUUCAACUGCUCUUGAACGUGCCGCACAAGCAGCUAAAGAACUCGAACGAUCACAAUAUGCAAGUCAAGCAUUUGAUGUUGUUAAAAUGCAAGAACAAACUAAACAACUUGAAAUUCAAAAACAAAUGAAGGAAUAUUCACAACAUGAAGAAGAAAUUCGUUUUAAACAUCAACAACAAUUAAAUGAAGAAAAAAGACGAAUGAUGAAUGAUGAAACUCAUCACCAAAAUGAACGAGCAAAAUUUCAAGAUCAAUUAGCACGUAAACGUAUGCAAGAUCAAGCUGCUGAACAGGCUCGAUUACAAGAUGAAGAACGUCGUCGUCAAGAAGAAUCAGUACGAAAACAAGAAGAAAUGAAACAACGUUCAAUUGAAUACGCUGAACAAGUUCGUCAUCAAUAUGAAAUGAAACGACUUGAAGCUGAAUUAAAAGGCAAAGCACAAGUUGAACGUGAAAAUCGUGAAAUUUAUUUAGAACAAAUUAAACUUAAAGCGGAAGAACAACGUAAAACUGUUCUUGAAAGUAUUAAAACAGCUGGUACGGUUGUUGGAAGUGGUAUAACAACUUUACUUGAAAAUCCAAGUAAAGUUCUCAUGGCUACUGGCGGUAUUACUUUACUUGCUCUUGGUGUUUAUUCUGCUCGCGGUGCUACACAAACAGCAGUUAAAUAUCUUGAUUCACGUCUUGGUAAACCAUCAUUAAUUCGAGAAACAUCACGAAAUACAGUACUUACUGCAUUUCGUUCACCGGUGAAAACAAUACGACGUGUUUUUUUUUCCAAAGCAGAAGAUUCAUUGCAAGGUGUUGUACUUGAUCCAGUACUUGAAUCACGUUUACGUGAAAUAGCUAUUUCAACACGAUUUACAAAAAGAAAUCAUGGUUUAUUUAGAAAUUUACUUAUGCAUGGUCCUCCGGGCACGGGUAAAACUCUAUUUGCUAAGAAAUUAGCUGCACAUUCAGGUCUCGAUUAUGCUAUAAUGACUGGUGGUGAUGUAGCACCAUUAGGCCGUGAUGCAGUUACUGCUAUACAUAAAGUAUUUGAUUGGUCGCAAACAAGUGGUCGUGGUCUUUUGUUAUUUAUUGAUGAAGCGGAUGCAUUUUUAAGAAAACGAGCAACUGAAAAAAUCGGGGAAGAUAUGCGUGCAGCAUUGAAUGCAUUUCUUUAUCGAACUGGUGAACAGUCAAAUCGUUUUAUGCUAGUACUUGCAAGUAAUGAACCCGAACAGUUUGAUUGGGCCGUUAAUGAUCGGCUUGAUGAGAUGGUACAAUUUAGUUUACCGACUCUAGCUGAACGUCGUCGAAUGACUUAUCUGUAUUUUGAUACAUAUAUUUUGAAAUCCGCUGAACGUCGUCGUCCAAUUAAAAUCGGUGCAUUUGAUUUUGAAAAGAAAUGUGAAGAGUUAGCUCAACGUACUGAUGGAUUUUCUGGUCGUGAAAUAGCUAAAUUACUUGCCGCUUGUCAAGCAUCUGCUUAUGCUUCGGAAGAUGGAACAUUAACAGAGGAAAUGAUAGAUAAAAAAUUACGUGAUUCACUUGAAAGUCAUCGUAAAAAAGUUGAAUGGCGUGCGGAAGAAGAACGUUAA